AUGCUACUGCACGAUGCAAGCGCGUCUGUCAGAGCGCCUCUCGGUCGGAUUUUCGCGUCGACGGAAGAGUGCCCACUGCGGAGGCCUAGUUGGAGGCGUAGCUUUAUCGCUUACACAGGAACAAACCGGAUAUCGGCUGUAACCCGCAGUGCAUUACUCUCUGGGUCGAACUGUGUUCGCACAACACACCCCGCGGACCCAAAGCUCGUCGAACAGACGAGCGCUGGAGCACGGAAGGCUGUGGAUUGUGUGACUCCACCGCGUGGAGCGAGGUCCGGCGCGGCCAGACCUGACAGGACAGCGAGUCGCCGCGCCAAGAUCCAGCGGGCGAAUGAUGGAGCAAAUGGGAGGGCGCUGGGGCUGUAA